AGAAAAAAUUUCUUCAAACUACACUUUUCCACGCAACGUGUUAAUUCGUACAAUACAAACAAGUUACUGGGAAAACUCGAUUCAAUAAUGAACACUUUCUCAGUAAGGAAUCUCUCACAACAUCUGAAGCACGGUUCACGACUAAUUUUUAUGAUUGUACGAAAGUUUUUUAGUUGGUAAUGAUGUUUUAAGCAUGACCUCCCUUCUCUCCACAAACUUCUAACCGCCAAAAAAUGAAAGCUGUGCAACAUUCAGGAAGUUCACAAAUGUGAAUUAUUGUGUUUAUUAGUCUUAAUUAUUUGAUUGUAUAUAAUGUUACUAGACGCUCUCCUCUGGAAAUGUAAGCUUUUCCUCAGAUAUUAUUAAUGAUAUUAAAGAAAUAAGUAUCAUAUAAGAAUUUCAAAAAGUAUUAUUGAUAUUAAGGAUAAAAAGUAUCAGAACUAUGGAUCUUUUCGAUGAAUGCAAUGUAAUAAAAUACUCUGCGUACCGUACUGCUGCGAAAGUUCGUGCGCUACAAAGAACUCUCCGUCUGGAACAUGUAAGACUGGGUAUUGUUAGCGGUGUCUUCUACAGACAUAAUUUACAGCCAGUUCAAAACCAAGAUGUAAUUAAUAGAAGUGAAUUGGAAGCUAUUGUAUAUGAUAUUCUCUUUGCUGCUCAGAAAGAAACAUCCUCUGAAAUGGAUAUUUCAAUAAGCACAGAUAAGAUUGUGCAGUUUCUUUAUAAGGUAUAUGACAGGCAAGGCAGAGGGAUACGAAUUAUGAGUGCAAAAGUUGCACUGGUAGUUCUGUGUCAUGCUAGAUUGCAAGAAAAAUACCAAUAUUUAUUUCAUCAGUUGGCUGAUCACAACAGUUGUUUAACAAAGAGAAGAAUGGAAAAAUUAUUAACAGAAUUUGCUGAGAUAGCAGAACAUUUAUCUGAAUCGGUUUCGUUUGGCAGACAGUUAAUUUCAUCUACCCUCACGAGUUGUUUCCAGCAUUGUGACGGGAAUUUGGGGAUCAAUGAGGAAAGUUUUAUGUGCUGGCUUCUGAACGAGCCUCAAACGUUGGUGUGGCUUUCUACUUUGUAUAGAUUACAAGCAGCUGAAAAAGUUUGUCACUAUGUGAAAUGUGACUUCUGUAAGGUGUAUCCUAUUAGAGGACUUCGAUAUAUGUGUUUGUUGUGUUUGAAAUAUAACCAGUGUCAAACCUGCUUUUUCCUGGGAAGGAUAAAUAAACGUCAUAAACUGAAACAUCCAAUUCAGGAAUAUUGUUAUGAGAUAUCAUCAAAAGAGGCUACCUGUGCAUUUUUAAAAGUUUUACGAAAUAAAUUAAGACUACAUCCCACCAGGGACCUUUUGUAUCUUCCUGCUGAACAUGAUGGACAAAUUAAAAGCCAUUAUACUGAAGAUCAUACCUCUUCAUCAUGUAGUAUUUAUCACAGCAGUUUGCAUAUUGGACGCAAUGAAUUGUCCACAAAAACAGUUGUUAAUCUCUACCACACAGUUCUUCCUGUGAAUCCUCAAGCUGAAUUGCAAAGUAUAAUUCACAAUUUGGAAGAAGAGAAUAGACAAUUACUUGCCCAAAUUGAAGAACGCAAUGAUUCUAAAUUAGGAAAUUAUCUUCAUUGUCACAAAGAACAGAUUGGAGCUCAAGUGGAGAGACUUAAGUUGCUGAAGUUUCAUCUUUCUAAAGUGAACGAAUUGCUACCUAUGAAGACUCUCCAGUAUCAGAAUGGUUGUCGACAACAAUUAUGCCUUUUGGAAAGUACACCUGUUAUUCCAAAGACAGUAAAGAAUUAUAAACAGGGAUUUGCACUACCUCCUGAUUUGGAUAGUAUCAGUCCCAUUGUGAAGGAUACUGACAGAAUUGUAGAUUCGAGGAACCUAUUUUCUUGGCAGUGUAACCAACAAGAAUAUAAUGCAUCAAUGCCUGCAGAAAGUGCACAAAAUACCACAUUAAUGUUGCCUAGCCUCACAGAACAUUCCAUGAAUGAUUUAAGUGUGCACAUAUUCCAAGGUAGCACUGAUAAUGUGGACUGUCCUACUGGAUUUGGUGAUUGGUUACAAAAGAGUGAAACUCAUCAACAGUGUGUCAGUGAAAUUAAUGAAGAUAUAGACAGUAUUAUAGAAAAAUUACAGAAUGUGCUUUCAUCAAAUUUCCCUGUUCAAGAUGCUUUGCUAUCUGACCAGGACAACACCCAUUUACAAGAAGCUGCUGCGGAGAUGGAAGGUCUUCUUGCUGGAUUAAUCAAAAGUAUUGAACAUAACAAGAGCAGGAAAAAUUGGGAUGCAGUCGACAACCAAAUAUUUGUUUGAUGUUUUAAGAAUUUUCAUCUCACAUUUCCUGAAGUAAUGUAAUAAUUAAAAAAACAUGUAAAUUUAUUCAAAUUCUCAGUUCUAUAUAUUCCCUAAUUUAUUUUUUGUUGAGAAAUAAGACUUGUUUGUUUAAACCUAGUCAGUCUUUUGCUGUUUUAAUUACGUGUUUAUGCAUGUGAAAUUUGUAAUUACGUUAGCAAUUAGUUAUUCUUCAAACUCCAGCCAGCUUCAAAAUCGUUUUUAUUUUGGUAAAUGUCUUUACAUGAUUAUUGCACAGUUCGAUAUUAUAUAUAUUUCUGUUAAUUUAACAGGAUCGAGGAAAUGAAAUGAACUAUGCAUUUCCUGUAUAUUUGUAUUUCAACAACUGUAAGUUCAUUAGACUUCCUACAAUUUGUUUAGAUAUACAGAUUUGUUGGAUUAGAACUUAAAACAUAUUUUACACUUUGUACUAUUGUUUAGUUUUAUUGGAGAAGGUAAUUGAUUUGUGAAAUGAAUGUAAUAAUACAACCUAAAAACCUUCUGAACAAGAAUAAGUUCAGUAUGACAGAAAAUGUAUAAUGGUCUUUAUCAAAGAAUUACAUGAAAUGGAACACAUAUAUAAAAAUUUUAUUUCCAUUAUGGGUAAUACAAAAUAUAUUUUGGUAUUGAGUAAUAAAGUGACCAUUAGUUCUCAAUCUUGAACUUGUUAAAAUCAGCACCGGAUUUCAAAAUAAGACAUUCAUCUAAUUUUUUGUAAUGAUUAUGUAAUUUCUAUACUUUUCCACAUGCAAAAGAUAUUGUAAAUCAUUUUGUGAAAUUAAUAAAAAUAAAUACU